AUGCGCUUUAUGAGGGAAGAUGAAGCAUUGAAGACUAUUCAUCUCUUUGAAGGAGCAAGCGAAAGCAAGGGCAUAAGCAAGCGAGCUCUUAAAAAUUGGGUGGUCAAUGCAUUCCGAGAACGGAGAGCCCUUGCUUUGUCUCUCAACGACACAAAAACAGCUGUAAACACACUCCACCAUAUGUUGAAUGUCCUUGUGGGAAUGGUCAUAGUGGUUAUCUGGCUUCUUAUACUCAAGGUUACCACUACCCAUUUCCUUAUCUUUUUAAGCUCCCAGCUUCUUUUGGUGGUCUUCAUGUUUGGAAACACAUGCAAGACAACAUUUGAGGCAAUCAUUUUCUUAUUCGUAAUGCAUCCAUUUGAUGUGGGUGAUCGCGUUGAAGUGGAAGGAGUUCAGAUGAUAGUCGAAGAGAUGAAUAUAUUGACAACGGUUUUUCUGAGGUAUGAUAACCAGAAGAUCAUAUAUCCAAAUGCAGUACUAUCUACCAAACCCAUCAGUAAUUAUUAUCGCAGUCCAGAUAUGGGAGAUGCAAUUGACUUUUGUAUCCAUAUCUCAACUCCCAUGGAAAAGAUUGCUAUGAUGAAAGAGAGAAUAACGAGGUAUAUUGAAAAUAAGAGCGAGCACUGGUACCCAGCUCCGAUGAUAGUCCUGAGGGACGUGGAGGACAUGAACAGGCUGAAAAUAUCAUUGUGGCUUUCACACACAAUGAACCACCAGGACAUGGGUGAGAGGUGGGCAAGGAGGGCUCUUUUGAUUGAGGAGAUGAUCAAAGUGUUCACGGAGCUUGAUAUUCAAUACCGAAUGCUGCCCUUUGACGUUAAUGUGCGACAAAUGCCAGCUCUGACUUCAAACAGGCUUCCCUCCACUUGGGCUGUCAAUGCAUUCCGAGAACGGAGAGCCCUUGCUUUGUCUCUCAACGACACAAAAACAGCUGUAAACACACUCCACCAUAUGUUGAAUGUCCUUGUGGGAAUGGUCAUAGUGGUUAUCUGGCUUCUUAUACUCAAGGUUACCACUACCCAUUUCCUUAUCUUUUUAAGCUCCCAGCUUCUUUUGGUGGUCUUCAUGUUUGGAAACACAUGCAAGACAACAUUUGAGGCAAUCAUUUUCUUAUUCGUAAUGCAUCCAUUUGAUGUGGGUGAUCGCGUUGAAGUGGAAGGAGUUCAGAUGAUAGUCGAAGAGAUGAAUAUAUUGACAACGGUUUUUCUGAGGUAUGAUAACCAGAAGAUCAUAUAUCCAAAUGCAGUACUAUCUACCAAACCCAUCAGUAAUUAUUAUCGCAGUCCAGAUAUGGGAGAUGCAAUUGACUUUUGUAUCCAUAUCUCAACUCCCAUGGAAAAGAUUGCUAUGAUGAAAGAGAGAAUAACGAGGUAUAUUGAAAAUAAGAGCGAGCACUGGUACCCAGCUCCGAUGAUAGUCCUGAGGGACGUGGAGGACAUGAACAGGCUGAAAAUAUCAUUGUGGCUUUCACACACAAUGAACCACCAGGACAUGGGUGAGAGGUGGGCAAGGAGGGCUCUUUUGAUUGAGGAGAUGAUCAAAGUGUUCACGGAGCUUGAUAUUCAAUACCGAAUGCUGCCCUUUGACGUUAAUGUGCGACAAAUGCCAGCUCUGACUUCAAACAGGCUUCCCUCCACUUGGGCUGUCAAUGCAUUCCGAGAACGGAGAGCCCUUGCUUUGUCUCUCAACGACACAAAAACAGCUGUAAACACACUCCACCAUAUGUUGAAUGUCCUUGUGGGAAUGGUCAUAGUGGUUAUCUGGCUUCUUAUACUCAAGGUUACCACUACCCAUUUCCUUAUCUUUUUAAGCUCCCAGCUUCUUUUGGUGGUCUUCAUGUUUGGAAACACAUGCAAGACAACAUUUGAGGCAAUCAUUUUCUUAUUCGUAAUGCAUCCAUUUGAUGUGGGUGAUCGCGUUGAAGUGGAAGGAGUUCAGAUGAUAGUCGAAGAGAUGAAUAUAUUGACAACGGUUUUUCUGAGGUAUGAUAACCAGAAGAUCAUAUAUCCAAAUGCAGUACUAUCUACCAAACCCAUCAGUAAUUAUUAUCGCAGUCCAGAUAUGGGAGAUGCAAUUGACUUUUGUAUCCAUAUCUCAACUCCCAUGGAAAAGAUUGCUAUGAUGAAAGAGAGAAUAACGAGGUAUAUUGAAAAUAAGAGCGAGCACUGGUACCCAGCUCCGAUGAUAGUCCUGAGGGACGUGGAGGACAUGAACAGGCUGAAAAUAUCAUUGUGGCUUUCACACACAAUGAACCACCAGGACAUGGGUGAGAGGUGGGCAAGGAGGGCUCUUUUGAUUGAGGAGAUGAUCAAAGUGUUCACGGAGCUUGAUAUUCAAUACCGAAUGCUGCCCUUUGACGUUAAUGUGCGACAAAUGCCAGCUCUGACUUCAAACAGGCUUCCCUCCACUUGGGCUGUUUGUGCUAGCUGA